AUGGCGGCCGAACUGCAGCAGUCGCACCUCAGGGCCGCGCUUGCAGAGAACAUGCGCCAAAUCAGAAGUUGUGAGCAGCAGGCUAAGAGACGUGCAGCGUCGCUGGAAGCAGGUGGCCUCACUUCCCUCAGUGUGAAGAAGGUCCUAGCGGUGUACACUUUGUCGGAGUGGCAGAAAGAGGCCGCUCUCCAAGCUGCGCAGCAACUAACUACUUUGAAGGCAGAGCACCCGCAAUAUCCAACCAGCGCCUUGGUUGACCGCAUGUUUCUGCAGGCAGACUUAAAUGAUUUGCUGUGCAUGUUUGAUGACACGAACGUCCAGUGGGAGCAAGCGGUUCGCUUUGCGCGGCAAAUGUUGGCAGAGCGUGGAGUGUUUUCCUGGGUUAAGAAGCAAAAUCUCGCACAUGGAACUGCGCCUCUGUCAGCAGAUGUUUUCGACAGACUGAAGCGCGAGAUGCGCGACAACGCUUUGCCUGCACCGGCUCCAGCCACCAGCAGGGGCAUUCGCAAAGCGGUUGCUCGGUGGCGCGCUCGCUGGAGUGUUCGCAGGGCAAAGCUGCGAGAGACGGACCAAGUGGAUCCGGAACUUUUGCGACAAAAGGUGCACAUGUUCUGGCGCACCGUGUCUUCUGUGACCGCCAAGUGCCAUGCUCUCGAGCAGGCGCGCAAGCGCAGCCGGCUGUUGAAGAAAGCCGGGGGGCUUUCAUCGUCCGAUCUCGUCUGGCUCUUGUCGCGGAAGUCCGCUGCUGACUGA